AUUUUAGCCGUGGCCGAGGGGACGUUUAAAAUCACAGCAUCGUACUUGAAAACGAGCCCCCGCCGGGUGCCAACAAUUAGCCACUAAAGCAACCCUGCAGGAGAUGUCACCGAGAACAACCACCAGUGACGCGGCCACACCCUCUUCUACUUCCGUCGCUUUCGCCCUACUCCCUACCUCCUCAUCUGCUGAACCCAAAAACCAACACACGUGCAAAUAACCCGCACUUUUCCCUUAAACCGCACCUAGCAUCCAGAAAUAUGUCACUUAGAACAUUUAUCAAAUACCUUCCCUCCUCCAUUUCCUUCUUGAACUCUCUCUCUUGCCUUCGCUCUUUAUCUUCCCUCGCCACUCACCAAGAUCCAUACUCUCUCCUAAAAGAAGACCCAAUCGAAAUCUGCACUUCUCUCUGGGUCAAAUCCUUCUCUUCACCUCCAGACGCCACUUUCCCUAAUGUCACCGGCUUCCUCUCAAAACUCGACCUCUGGGUCCUCGCUUACCAGCGUUCCUGCGCUCACGUUACGGGCACGUUCCCUCCCCGCAGUGCCCUCCAGUCCCACACCCUUCAUUCUCUCCUCUCCCUCCAAAACGCUGUUGUUCACAACCGCUUCAAAUGGAAUGAUAAGGCCCACCAAAUCAUCCGCAGCCCAAACGACAAGCCGUUAACGAAACUCGUCUCCAAAACGAAGCUCAAAGCAAUGCUGGAUUCGGACGAUCCGUGCUUUCAGGAUCGGGUGGUUCAGGAGGUGCUGCUCAUGGUGCUGGAGCCCUUUUUUGAAGCCCGGUUUUCGAGUAAGUCACACUCGUUUAGGCCUGGGAGGAAUGCACACACUGUAAUUAGGACUAUAAGGAGUCAUUUUGCAGGAUAUUUAUGGUUUCUGAGAGGUGAUAUAAGUGAGCUUCUUGUUGCUAUUGAUGCUAAUAUUGUCAUGGGAUGUGUUGAAAAGGUUGUUAAAGAUAAGAAAGUGUUAAAUUUGAUAAAAACUGCGCUUAAACCGGCAACUAGGAGUCGACAACCACCAAAGAGCGGUGUUAGUGAAGAGUUGAGACGGAAGAAAAAGAAGGGGGCUACAAAGAAUAAGAUUUUGAAUGAGAAUGAGCCAAAACCUGACCCAUAUUGGUUGAGAACUUUCUUUGAUUUUGCUCCAGAGGAGGCAUUGAAGAUACCCAAUUAUGGUUAUUGUGGGAUUUUGAGUCCUUUGCUUGCUAAUGUUUGUCUUAAUGAAUUGGACCAAAUGAUGGAAGAGAAAAUAGUUAAGUUCUUUAGGCCAAAUAAGCUUGACUCAAUAUGGAAAGAUUCAACUGAUGAUGGGUGUCAUAACCCUUCUUGGCCGGAGUUUGUUCCUUCUAGUGGGAAAGAGAAGACCCGGAAAAUGAAUUACAUUCGAUAUGGGGGUCAUUUUCUAAUUGGCAUUCGAGGGCCUAGAGAGGAUGCAGUGCAAACUCGAAAGGAAAUCAUCCAGUUUUGUGAGAGUAAGUUGGGGAUCAGGUUGGAUAAUUCUAAAUUUGAGAUUGAACACAUAACCAGGGGAAUUCAGUUUUUGGAUCAUAUAAUUUGCCGCAGGGUGAUACACCCCACUCUUCAUUACACGGCAAGUGGAGGCAAAAUUGUAAGUGAAAAGGGCGUGGGGACUUUGCUUUCAGUUACUGCUAGCUUGCAACAGUGUAUACGUCAAUUUAGGCGCCUUGAGUUUGUUAAGGGUGAUAAAGAUCCAGAGCCCUUGCCUUGUACUCCAAUGCUUUAUUCAAGUCAAGCUCAUACUAAUGCCCAAAUGAACAAGUUUCUUGAGACCAUGGCUGAUUGGUAUAGAUAUGCUGAUAAUCGAAAGAAAGUUGUUGGAUUUUGUGCUUACGUGAUACGUAGCUCAUUGGCGAAACUUUAUGCUGCCAGGUAUAGGCUCAAAUCACGUGCUAAGGUAUACAAGAUUGCUUCACGUGAUCUCAGUCGGCCACUGAGGGAGAGUAGUAACAAUUCUGCACCUGAAUAUUCUGAUCUUUUGAGGAUGGGACUUGUGGAUGCAAUUGAAGGAGUUCAGUUCUCCCAUAUGUCUUUGAUUCCAUCUUGUGAUUAUACACCAUUUCCGAGGAAUUGGAUCCCAGAUCAUGAAAGGGUCUUGCAUGAAUACGUGAAACUACAAGACCCAAAAUCCUUUUUCAGGUUACAUAGAUCAAUAAAACAUCAAGGUCUGACUUUGCCUCAAGAUGAGAUAUCUGAGAUUGUCUGGGAUUGCAAGACUCUUGGAAUUCGAAGAUACCAAUCUAGAGGCGAAAAAGAACCAAAUAAUGCUUCUGAAAAGGUGGAUGAGGCUUCAUAAAUUCUGCUGUGAACUUUAAAUUAAAAAAAAAAUGACAGAUCAGUUUAUAGAUGGCUAACAGAAUUUUUAGGCAUUAUCCAUCUUUAUGAAACUACAAUGAAACAAGCAGAAAUUUCUUUUACAGUA